AUGGAGAAGAUUUUUGAUGUUAUGGAAUGCAUAGAUCCUCAAAAAGUUAUGUGUGCUACUUUCAUGUUGAGGGAGGAAGCUUAUAACUGGUGGAAGACUACCAAACAGAUUUUAGGAGCUGAGAACCCAGUAAUUACUUGGGCAAGGUUUGUAGAGGUUUUCUACAAGAACUACUUCCCUGAAAGCCUAAGGGAGAGAAAAGAAGUGGAAUUUUUACAUUUGACUGAAGGGUCAAACUCUGUGAUGACUUACAAAAAGAAAUUUGAAGAAUUGGCAUGGUUUGCACCAGACCACAUCGAUACUGAUGCCAAAAAGGCAAAGAUAUUUUUGAGAGGGUUAAAGCUCCAAUUGAAGGGAGCGAUCAUAGUACUGGAGUUGAGAUCAUAUAUUGAGGUACUACACAAAGCACUUAUCCUAGAGGAGAGUCUGAGGGACACCACUCAGGGCAAUACUAGCAAGGUACAAGGGAAGAGGUGUCAAACCUGCCCCUGA